GAAUAGUAGUCAUAGAAUCUCCUGUAUUUCCUGGAAAGGAGACAAGGAAAAGUCAUAAGAAGUUCUUGCUCGCCUCUAAAAAGUUGUUUAGCUGACUUCAUCUACAGUCUAAAGCGAGAAAGGUUGAAACGAAAAACAGAAUGUCUCUGAUGGAGCACGGUGGUGGUGCCCACAACAGGCCGGUGACGGCAGUGGCCUGGGCCUCCAACAGCAGCACCUGUCCCAAAGACUUCAACCUGAUUAGUAUAACUGAGGAUGGAGCUGCUGCUAACUUCACACGGAGCUUCGCCAUGAAGGCUGGCUACUACCUCUGCUACAGCAAGGACAUGUCAGGUGGUAUGGUAGUAUCAGAUGUCCAGGUGAUCUCAGACAAGGAGACUGUUCCUCAUGGGUACUGUUACAUACCAGAACACCUGGAGCCUAGGGCCUCUGUGUCUAAGAAGAAGCGUGUGUGUGUCCGCAUGGUGCCAGUGGGCGGUGUGGAGACUGCUGUACUGGACAUUAAACUGACUGCUAAGACGAGGAGGAUGCUGCAGCACUACACUUGUUUAGGGGACAUGCAUGGCUAUGUGAUGUGGUGUAAGAAGGGGCCCUUCUCCAGCCCUCUACCCCAGGCAAAGCCUCGCAGCCUCAGCCUUGACCUCCGUCAGCUCUCCCUGGACCAGAACACCCCUCCGCUACCCCUCAGACCCAGCAACGCUCCACCCUUGCCCCCUGGCAGGAAGCUCAGCCAUCGCCGCAGCAACCUCCAGUUGAAUGAUGCUGUGGACAAAGUGGUUGACAGCAGCAACAUCUACGGCAUCUCAGCCAUAGAUGGUGUUCCCUUCACUCUCCACCCCAAGUUCAAGACCCAAACGAACGGCACGACCCCAACAAACACUCUACAAUACCAUGAGUCUAACCUGUCUCUCUUUCCUCCUAGACCCCAACAAACACUCUACAAUACCAUGAGUCUAACCUGUCUCUCUUUCCUCCUAGACCCCAACAAACACUCUACAAUACCAUGAGUCUAACCUGUCUCUCUCUUUCCUCCUAGACCCCAACAAACACUCUACGAUACCAUGAGUCUAACCUGUCUCUCUCUCUCCUCCUAGACCCCAACAAACACUCUACAAUACCAUGAGUCUAACCUGUCUCUCUCUUUCCUCCUAGACCCCAACAAACACUCUACAAUACCAUGAGUCUAACCUGUCUCUCUCUCUCCUCCUAGACCCCAACAAACACUCUACAAUACCAUGAGUCUAACCUGUCUCUCUCUUUCCUCCUAGACCCCAACAAACACUCUACGAUACCAUGAGUCUAACCUGUCUCUCUCUCUCCUCCUAGACCCCAACAAACACUCUACAAUACCAUGAGUCUAACCUGUCUCUCUCUUUCCUCCUAGACCCCAACAAACACUCUACAAUACCAUGAGUCUAACCUGUCUCUCUUUCCUCCUAGACCCCAACAAACACUCUACAAUACCAUGAGUCUAACCUGUCUCUCUCUUUCCUCCUAGACCCCAACAAACACUCUACAAUACCAUGAGUCUAACCUGUCUCUCUUUCCUCCUAGACCCCAACAAACACUCUACAAUACCAUGAGUCUAACCUGUCUCUCUCUUUCCUCCUAGACCCCAACAAACACUCUACAAUACCAUGAGUCUAACCUGUCUCUCUCUUUCCUCCUAGACCCCAACAAACACUCUACAAUACCAUGAGUCUAACCUGUCUCUCUCUUUCCUCCUAGACCCCAACAAACACUACGAUACCAUGAGUCUAACCUGUCUCUCUCUUUCCUCCUAGACCCCAACAAACACUCUACAAUACCAUGAGUCUAACCUGUCUCUCUUUCCUCCUAGACCCCAACAAACACUCUACAAUACCAUGAGUCUAACCUGUCUCUCUCUUUCCUCCUAGACCCCAACAAACACUCUACAAUACCAUGAGUCUAACCUGUCUCUCUUUCCUCCUAGACCCCAACAAACACUCUACAAUACCAUGAGUCUAACCUGUCUCUCUUUCCUCCUAGACCCCAACAAACACUCUACAAUACCAUGAGUCUAACCUGUCUCUCUUUCCUCCUAGACCCCAACAAACACUCUACAAUACCAUGAGUCUAACCUGUCUCUCUUUCCUCCUAGACCCCAACAAACACUCUACAAUACCAUGAGUCUAACCUGUCUCUCUCUUUCCUCCUAGACCCCAACAAACACUCUACAAUACCAUGAGUCUAACCUGUCUCUCUCUUUCCUCCUAGACCCCAACAAACACUCUACGAUACCAUGAGUCUAACCUGUCUCUCUCUCUCCUCCCCCUCUCUUUCCUCCUAGACCCCAACAAACACUCUACGAUACCAUGAGUCUAACCUGUCUCUCUCUCUCCUCCUAGACCCCAACAAACACUCUACAAUACCAUGAGUCUAACCUGUCUCUCUCUUUCCUCCUAGACCCCAACAAACACUCUACGAUACCAUGAGUCUAACCUGUCUCUCUCUCUCCUCCUAGACCCCAACAAACACUCUACAAUACCAUGAGUCUAACCUGUCUCUCUCCUCCUAGACCCCAACAAACACUCUACGAUACCAUGAGUCUAACCUGUCUCUCUCUUUCCUCCUAGACCCCAACAAACACUCUACAAUACCAUGAGUCUAACCUGUCUCUCUCUCUCCUCCUAGACCCCAACAAACACUCUACAAUACCAUGAGUCUAACCUGUCUCUCUCUUUCCUCCUAGACCCCAACAAACACUCUACGAUACCAUGAGUCUAACCUGUCUCUCUCUUUCCUCCUAGACCCCAACAAACACUCUACAAUACCAUGAGUCUAACCUGUCUCUCUUUCCUCCUAGACCCCAACAAACACUCUACAAUACCAUGAGUCUAACCUGUCUCUCUCUUUCCUCCUAGACCCCAACAAACACUCUACAAUACCAUGAGUCUAACCUGUCUCUCUCUUUCCUCCUAGACCCCAACAAACACUCUACAAUACCAUGAGUCUAACCUGUCUCUCUCUUUCCUCCUAGACCCCAACAAACACUACGAUACCAUGAGUCUAACCUGUCUCUCUCUUUCCUCCUAGACCCCAACAAACACUCUACGAUACCAUGAGUCUAACCUGUCUCUCUCUCUCUCCUCCCCCUCUCUUUCCUCCUAGACCCCAACAAACACUCUACGAUACCAUGAGUCUAACCUGUCUCUCUCUCUCUCCUCCCCCUCUCUUUCCUCCUAGACCCCAACAAACACUCUGAACAACAUUCGCAUCAAGUCUGUCCAGGACAUU